CGCAUAAUAUAACCAUCCAUGAAGCCAUGGAUGUGUAAUUCAGUUGUGAAAGUUAUUACUUCUGCUAUUGAAUGUGUUAUCGAAUCUGAUGUGAGACGAAAAAGAAAAAUUUAAUUCGAAACUGAAAAUGAUGUUAAAUUUCCGAGAAAUAUGUCGGUUAUGUAUGGUAAAAGAGGAAACUCUAUCACCUCUAUUCUGCGAACAAGUUCCAGAUACAGUAACCUCACUUUCUGCUAAAAUAAUGAGUUUUGUUCCAGUUCUUAAGCUUUGUGCAGAUGAUGGUCUGCCAGGCCAGGUGUGUCAGCGAUGUUCUCAACUGGUAGACUUAUCAUAUAAAUUCAAACUGCAGUGCGAAAGUUCAGAUGCCAAAUUACGACAGCAUCUGACGUCUCAUUCAAUUCAGGACAGCAAGGAUGAAUUCAUGCAUUCUGUCUUCACAGAUGACAAUGAAAGUGACUGGUGUUACACAACUGUGAAAAUUGAAGUAACCGAGGACAUUUAUGGUGAUGACUGUGUCAACCAGUCAGAAAAUGACAGGGAAAGCAGUUUGUGGCCUGUGGUUCCUGCCCAGGGAGACUCUGACAAUGAGUGGAAAAAUAUUGAACCUGAUUCUUCAGUAAAAACAGAAAAGAUUUCUUCAGAAGAUGAGACAAAAAUAUGUGUAAAUCAUACAGCUGCCAAGAAGAGUAUUAAAAAUAGCCCGAAAAGGGAUUCAUUUGAAAAAGUAAGAAGGAAAUGUAAAGGUGUGCUUUCUUCAAAUAAAAGUGAUACAAACAAUGUUGAAACUAUGAAACUGAAGAAUUCUGGUAGAAAUGGAAAAUCUUCAGUGAUGACUGAUUCUGUGCAAGAUGAAGUAAAAGAAAAGGGACCUCUGAAAAGGACAAAGCCAAGGGCAGGAGGAGAAAAGAAAGGAUAUCUUUGUCAGGAUUGUGGUAAAAAUUUUUCUUAUGAGCAACAUUUAUUAUUGCAUCGUAGGACCCACACCGGUGAGAAACCGUUCUCAUGUUCUGUGUGUGGUGAAUGCUUUAGUGUGAACAGUAAUCUCAAUAAACAUAUGAGAACACACACAGGAGAAAAACCAUUUCUUUGCACUGUUUGUGGUAAGAAAUUCAGUAGAAGUGAUACAUUGACAAAACACAUGAGAUCUCACACAGGAGAAAAGCCAUUUCAUUGCGCCGUCUGUGGGAAUAAUUUUGGUCGCAGGAGUGUUCUUACAAAUCAUAUGAGAACUCAUUCAGGGGAGAAGCCAUAUUUAUGUACAGAAUGCGGACAAAGGUUUGCGCAAAGUUACGAUCUUACCAAACACACGAGGUCACAUACCGGAGAGAAACCAUACCGGUGUACGAUGUGUAGAAUGAACUUUGGUCAAAGGAACAGUCUAACAAAACAUAUGAAGAGUCACCCAGAAGUGCCGUUUCCUUGCAUAGAUUUUUCCAAAGGGCUGUCAUACAAGAUAGAAACAACUAGUAUGUUGCCCCAUUCACAACAAAUAAAGCUGUUGACACAUUCAUAUAAAUAUUAGUGUUUAUGGGGCAGAUAACAUAUAUCAGCUAUGCAUCAUGGCUUACACAUGGUCUAGCUGGCUGUGCACCAUAGUAAUAUACUGCUAAACCUGGAAUUGCAGCCUGACUGUCAAUCCAUUGUAUACUGUUUAAAUCCCCUAUGUCUGUACACUGAAGGUUCAUUUGUGUGGUGAUUUCACUGUGUGUUUAUAAUUUUCAUAAUAUUGUAAAAACUUGUGAACUUUAAUUAUUCUGAUUAUCAGCCUGAACCUAAGCAAUCUUAUGUAAACAUUAUUUCUGUAUUCAGGUCUGUGGCCUCAGAAUGUGCUUACAGUAUAUUAAUACAUUGUUGGGCAGUACAAAUUCUGCAUCUUGGUAUGACAAUUAAACCUUUAUCAGUGUUGUCACAAUUUAUGCAUAGUGCAGUUGGGCAUGUGUUGCAGCACCUUACUGCUAAAUGUUAAACAUAUUUAUGUUAUCACUAUGAAUCUAGGGGGAAGGGAAGAGGAAGCAGACAGAACUGGGAUUCUGCAGUACAUUGUAAGGUAAUGUCAUAUAUAUACUUCACUAGGGAAUAAAAAAUUGAUUUUUUGAAUGGAAUAUAAAGGACACACUCAAACCUGCUGAAAUUGUAUAUACUGUUGAGUAACAACAUUCCUGGGUGAUUUUACAGCAAAUACUUUGUUCAUUCCCAGAUUAAACUGAGAAUUAUUCUGGUGACUUGUGCAAUUCAAACUGUAAAAUCAGAUGUAAGAGAAGGCUGUAUGUAUGUGAUGCUGAUUCUCCAGUUUCUAAACACAUUUCACAGAUCAUUUAAAUGCUUAUUUUUUUGUUAAGUUGGCACAUUUGGACCUAUUAUACAGAUUUCCUAAGAUAAUGCAAUAUUUUCCUUGUUAUCACUGAAUAAAUAGGCACUGUGUUAAGACAUCCA